AUGGCAGUUCGCUCGAGACCAAUACCAAAAGCCCAGCCGAUUUUAUCACCGACACCAGCACCGGAAAGAACCUCAUGCUUUACAACACCACAUCCACACAUCUCGAGCCACUCACCUUUCCACCAGAUCUCAAUCUCCCAAGAUGGAGAGGUCCAGGGGAAGUACGCUUCGAUCCAGCGGGCCUUAAUGGGCGAGAAGAGGUCGGGAUCUGUAGAUCCGGCUUUAAUAGCAGCUUCACGAGCCUGGUGGAAUACAUGGCCCAUGAGCAGUUCAAUUGUUUUCUUCAAAUGCUUGCCAAUCAGUUCCGUCUCGAGUUCUGACAUUGUUGGUUGGCGGGGAUUACCCUCAUGGAAUGGUGGAUCGGGAUCUGAAACUAUAAUGCCGGAAUCUGGAAUGCUUUCAAGAUCCUCUUGA